AUGGAACAAAGUAGAUUGGAAUUAUGGAGAAGACUCCAACCGAAAGAAGUGAUCGAAUACCAGAAUGACAUUACUGGAUCAAUUAGGUAUGAAAAUCUACAAAUGUUAUUGGGUAGAGGACAAUUCCAACUACCGAACGUGGGGACGGUGCAUAGCAGCUUGCUAGAGCCAUUCUCGGUUAUUUGGGGAUGUACGAACCGGAUCGUCCUUCGAGAACAUACCGAGCAAGAUGUCAAAUGGCGAAGAAUGAGAAGAAAGAUGUCAAAAGACAAUGGUCGGAUUCGCUCUUACCCUACUUUCGGAUAUAUCCCUCCGCCUCAAUUCUCAGAAACAGGCCAUGUCAAUAUUGAUAUAGCAGUUGAUAUAGAUGAUGAGGAAUUGGUAUUUGAUUAUCCAGGUGAUGGCGAUAUACUGUACUAUGACGAUUACAACCUGAAAAGUCCUCAAUAUACUAUCAAUAUCAUUCGAAAUACUUUGAUCCAACAUCACAUGACUAGAAUGGUCAGCGGUACAGUCAACUCAUCACUGAAAAGGGACUUAGAAGAUUACUCGACAUUUGAGAUAUACGGGUUUGAAAAAGUACAUCCCUAUGAGGAUUUAGUAUACGACGAUGUAUGGAAGUCACGGAAAAAGAUCGUGGCGGAUUGGCGAAAUGACAAUAAAGUUGAUAUGGAUCAUGUUGAAAAACAAAUCGAAAGUCAUAACCAGGAACAAGGCCGAGCUGUAUCUUCUUCCGCUGAAGCUCCGCCCUCACUCCAUCCAUCUGAGAUAUCAAGUGAAAGAGAAGAAUCAAAAAAAUGCAAAAUACAAUUCUGGCUAAGUGCAAUGGAUUAUGAAAUUAUGAAAGAACUUCAAAAAGUCUUCAAAUAUAGUAAUAGGAUCUGGAUGAACUCUGAGACGAAUGCAAAUUCUUCUGGACCAGUGAUUAGGUUUUUGCUCGUAGAGAAGUUGGCGGCUGCUGAUAAGAAGAGAAAGAAAGAUGAGGAGGAAGAGGAUGAUUGGUCCAUGGAUUAG